GGUUUGAUGUGGUUUUGUAAAGGUAAGAGUACCUUGUGGCGGGGUAAACUCAACGGCCUUUCGGUGGGAUGGGACCGGCUUCGCGGAAGGGCUGAAGAAUUGCCUGAUACAGCAGAGUUUGGGUAUCCAACCUUCGAUGAGGGUGGGGAGAUUCGUGGUGGGGAGGAUCGUGGGGGCGUAGGCGUAUUUCGAGGUUUUGAUGCUCAAAAGUUUGUGGUGAGUCAAUGCCGCCGAGAUCAAGCUUUGCCGGGAUGUGGGAGCGAACGCAGGCUCGGGGCCAUUCUUAUGAUCCAACUUAAGGCGGAAGGUGAAGCCCACCUCAACUUUCCAACAAAGACACAACGCUUCAACCUCAGCACAAAAAGCCGCCAAUUGGUAUUUGCAGCAAUGGCAAAUCUUGGACUAAAUGCAGCGCAGGCUUUACCACGCUUUCUCCUCCCAAAGUUGAGCUGGCAAACGGCCCCAACUCACCAAAUCCGAACGAUAAGCACUGCCGUCUGCAGUUACAAUGGCCUGUCAAAUCAGACAACUCCCUCGUCAAGAGCAAUUUAUGCCAGACAAAACAAGAAUGAGCUCGCUGCACGAAAACCAACUAUACUGCAGAAUCCGGUGCAUCGUCGAGCUUUCCAUGCCACAACCCCAAGGUGGAGAGACCACCACUUCGAUACCUUGAAGUUUGUACAGCGAUUGCAGGAAGAAGGUUUUACAGAGGCUCAGUCAGUUGCUAUGAUGAAAGUGCUUAGCGAUGUGAUUGAAGAAAGGUCAAUUCAAUCAUGAUUCCAAUAGAUUUGAUUGCGUUAUUGACUUUGCGACAGCAUUCAAAACUUGACUCGAACUAUGGUUUUAAGGGAAGACCAAGCGAAAGCAACGUAUACCCAGAAAGUAGAUUUCGCAAAACUUCGAUCAGAACUCAUAUCCGCAGAUUCAACGGAAUCAGCUACGACCCGAGCUUCGCAUGAACGUCUCACGAACGAUUUGGCCAAGUUGAAUGCUAGACUGAGGGAUGAGGUCAGCAGAACUCAAGCUUCUGUAAGAUUAGACUUGAACUUGGAGAAGGGUAGGAUUCGGGAAGAGGCAAAUGUGCAGGAAUUGAAGAUUAAGGAGACUGAAACGAAGAUUGAGCAAGAGGUUGCUGGGCUAAGAGAGAAAUUGGAGGCUGUCAAGUUUCAGACUUUACAAUGGUUGAUGGGUGUUUGUACUGGUAAGUUCAUCAUCAUCUAUGGGGUCUUUUAUACUAACUUUUUCAGGUACCGCCGCACUCAUUCUUGGUGCCUGGAGGCUGUUGAUGUAGAUGUAAAUUAUAUUAGAAGAUGUCUUCAAGAAUACCGAAGGAGCAUCACCAUCUAUUUGACUGAUAGAAGUGCACUAUGGCCAAAUAUACUUGUCUCGUCUGGCAUGGAAGACAGAUAUUCAAGAUCCCCAAAGUAUUAUGACUGAUGCUGGGUAUUUUGGCGUCACUAAAGAACGGCAUAAGUAGCCCUAUUUUUAGGGGUCAAUUCAACACCUAGCUAUUCUCAGAUUACUUCCUACCUUGAGAUCAUACUGGGGAUAAGAAGGAUGGUUCUCUAACUUUGCAAGGGUUUUGCUGGAACUCUGAAAAUAACGUUGGAGGACCCCUAACACAAUUUAUCUUUGGAUUGCAUCCUGGGAUAUGUAAAACUUGCACCCUUCAAACAUCUGUCCAAUGACAAAAGGCGAAAUGGUCUGUGGGAGGAGAUCUAUGUUAUUCACCAUGUCAAGUGUAUGAGUGUUACGACUUGGGGUUCAAGAUACUGUAAC